AUGGGGAGCAAAGAGCAGUCUGCUACUCCACAGCCCCAGUACCCUAGCCAGGAGCAUAUAUCAAAAGAAGACAUCGCAAAACCCGCAAAAGAGACACAACCAGUGAUCAAGGAGCUUCCUCCAUUUAAGCGCUCUAGGCGGAAACCUCGGAAAGCUGUUGAUUCGGGGAAAAAGCCACAAAAGCCUGAAGGAGCAUUUGCGAAGCUAAAGAAAGUCGUUGUGAGCAAGUUUAGAGCGGUGCUUGGAUCACGCGCAAAACAACCUCUCUUGAAUGUCUCAUCUAGAAAGAAAAGCACGCCAACUAUUCCCUCAGCUCGUACAAGAUCGAGAAGGAAGAGAGCAACAGCUAAGAAGCUUUCUCAAGACUCAACCACGCCGAUUGCUUCAGACGAAACCCUUCGCAUGUUUACCAAUAUAUCAGCGGAACCAAUGCCACAGAUCUUUGUUUCUUCGAUUGAGGGUCGAAAACCACCAGUCUGGAGAAAAGCAGACGAGGAAGCGAAUCAGCCUAAAGCAGAUGAUGGAUCACGUUCCAAUAUGCCCAAAACAUAUCCGGGAACUUUUAAAAAAGAAGUAAGAGGUCCCCCAGUAUGGAGGAAAGCCAACAGCUUAGCCGUAGUCGAGACGCCCAGUCGAGAGAAAUAG